AUGAGAGUUGGGGUCAGGCUGGCAGCCUUCAUGACCCUCACCCUGGAUGGAGCCACCGCUCUGAUGACCCUCACCCCGGAUGGAGCCACCGCUCUGAUGACCCUCACCCCGGAUGGAGCCACCGCUCUGAUGACCCUCACCCCGGAUGGAGCCACCGCUCUGAUGACCCUCACCCCGGAUGGAGCCACCGCUCUGAUGACCCUCACCCCGGAUGGAGCCACCGCUCUGAUGACCCUCACCCUGGAUGGAGCCACCGCUCUGAUGACCCUCACCCUGGAUGGAGCCACCGCUGUGAUGACCCUCACCCUGGAUGGAGCCACCGCUGUGAUGAAAGCCAACAUUGCUGUUUUUUCUUUUGUUGAAGUGAAGAAUGCAAACACUCCUCCACCCACUCCAGUUACCUUGACAGAUUCCCAGCAGGAGAAGAUCAUAUCGGUAUCUGGAGAGGGAAUGCUCCACAGUCCCGACUUCCCACACACAUAUCCCAGGAACACCGUGAUGCUCUGGAGGCUGGUCGCCACUGGCAACACCAGGAUCCAGCUCACUUUCGACCAGAGGUUUGGUCUGGAGGACCCUGAGGAUGGUUUAUGCAAGUACGAUUUUGUGGAGAUAGAGGACCUGACUGAGAACGCCAUCCUGGGUCAGUGGUGCGGCUCAGAGACAGCACCGGGCCAUCACAUAUCCAAAGGCAGCCAGGUCCGGAUCCGCUUCAUCUCCGACGAGUAUUUCCCAUCCAAACCAGGAUUCUGCAUCCACUUCUCCCUCCUCCCCGCGGAUGAGUUGAAGCAUGUGCUUCCUGUGGGACUUCCUGCAUCCACUCAGAGUGUUGAGGAGUUGUCAGAGGCAGUGGCAGGCCUCAGCACUGUGGAGGAGGUCAUGAAGUACCUGGAGCCAGAGCGAUGGCAGCUGGACAUCGAGGAGUUGUACAAACCCACAUGGCAUGUCCUGGGGAAGUCCUUCAUCCAUAACAAGAAAGCCAGAGGCGCUGAUCUCAACCUGCUGAGGGAGGAGGUUCGACUUUACAGCUGCACACCACGCAACUUCUCCGUCUCCCUGCGUGAGGAGCUGAAGAGGACAGAUGCCAUUUUUUGGCCCAGCUGCCUCCUGGUGAGGCGCUGCGGAGGAAAUUGUUCCUGCUGCUCCCACCGCUGCUACGACUGCCACUGUGUCCCAGCCAGGGUCACCAAGAAAUACCAUGAGGUUCUCUUGUUGAAGCAUCGCAGUGGAGGACGAGGCCUGCAGAAGUCCAUGACAGACGUGGCUCUGGAGCACCAUGAAGAGUGCUCCUGUGUGUGCAGAGACGACUGAGACUGUCGCUGCCGCGUUCCGACAGAGGAGAAUAAACCAGAUGUCUGAGUCUGCGUCACUUCCUGACCCGGUUACGCUGAACUAAAAGGACUGACCGGUUGUCCUGUCGUCCAUUCACAGAUGGGAUGGUGACAGGUCAGGUGGGGUCUCAGCCGUGGUGUACCUUCAGUUUGCUCUGAGGACAUUUUAGAGAGACAUCAGAUUCACUGGAGUGGAUGUGGAGGACAUUUUCUCUCAGAGACAGGAACUAUAUUUGGCUUUUAUUUUUUAUUUUAGGGAUGUGCUGUUGUGUUUUUCUUCUCAUUCCAGAUGUUUCUUGUGUUUUUUUGAAAAGUUUAGUCAGUGUGGGAUCAUUUAGUGAGCCGGCUCCAGCUGUUCCUCCUUGCCGCUCCUCUGUUGUUACCAAGAACAGGAAAGGUGGUUUUUUUGGGGGGUUUUUUGCUUUUUCUUUGUGGUCAUCAGCUGUUUUCUGCCGGUUUCCCCACAAAACAGUCGGGUGGUGUAACACACACGUGUUCCCAUGACGUGUACGAUAUGUAAAUAUUUCACUUCCAGUCCUUUUUUAUCUGUAUUAUCAUUCUCUUUUCCUACCAAGAGAUCAGCCAGGAGUUAACCUGGCACACGUGAGCGUGACUGGUGGUCUUCAGGUCUUCAGGUUCCUGGUAGGUUGAUCAACGAACACAUGGCCAUGAACAAGUUGUUGUAAAACAGAAACACAAAGGAAAGAGAAAAACAGUCACCACUGUCAGACCUGCUUUCUUCACGAUGAUGUACUGUCAGGUACUUCCGCUACAGCCACAGCGGAUGUUGGAUAUUUAUUUAUUCAAUAAAAGGGAAUGACGGAUGAGUCCACCAGAUCCAGAUCUGAUCAGGUGUGCUGACAGGGUCAUGUGUACGUUAGAGCUAGCUUAGAGAUUCCUGCCUGUUGAUUUGAUGUUGCCACCGUCUUCUGACUGUUUCUUCUUCUCUGUACCAAAGUUUAUUUGGACAGUUUUUUGUAUUUUUUAUAAUGAACAACAGAAAUAAAACGUUCUGUUUCUAAAUAGGACUGUUGGACUUUGGA